GUGUCUACUGGUUCCAACAAACAGUCUUCAGUGGUUCAGUCCUGUCAGUGUCAACUACUAGGACUAGCAUCAGGCUCACGUGGUAGUCGCUCACUGCACGGGAGCCAAGUGCAUAGGAAUUCCGUCCGCUCGCAUCCUUGCCCUUCCUCCUCUAGUGUCGCAGCUCAUCGCCGCCGCCGCAGGCCGCAACUGCGUCGUGCCUCCGCAUCGCGGCUCGUCUUCGAGCUCCACCUAAUCCAUGAGGUGCGGGUAGAAGCGGUGGACGUAUCUCGGGCUCGGCGAGGCGGCACCGGCGGCGGAAUUCGGUCCCAGAAGAGAUGGUGGGCGGCCCUAAUGCCACGGGCUUGGUCAAGAAUGAUGCAGUCUCCGUCGUCACGAAGGACGUUGUGGUGUGUGGCACAUGUGGCAGUGGUAGCCUCUCUCAGCUUAUUGCGGAGUGUGCUCGGUGCAAUGAUUAUGAACACGGUUAUUGUAUGAAGGUGUUGACAUAUGAUAUUCCACAUGAAUGGUAUUGUGCCGAAUGCCAAGAGUAUGCUAAUGGGGGCCCAAAACCUAGUCAAGGUGGGCAAACAGAGUUCCAAAAGCCAAGGCAUGGUCACGAUAUGAUGAACGAAAGGGAAACUUCAAAGUUGCACCUCAGUCACAGCAACGUAGUGCCUCAAAUAAGUCCCAAAUCUCCGAACAGAUCUGGAAAUGCUAAAGUGAAGUUCGACUCUUCUGAACAAGUGGCUUUAUUGAGUAGAGAGAGGCCACCACUUGUUGGGUCAAGAUUUGCCGUGCCGCAGCCAAGCAAGGCAUCUCCUUCAACUACAACACACUUAUCCAAUUUGAAUUGUGUAUUCCCCAGCAGGAGUGACACACAAGUGCAAGCCCUGAAACGAUGUGCUGGUGCAAGUCAUAGUCGAACAAAAAUUGAGGAUAGGUCAUAUUUUGCUAUGCAGCAACGGCAGGUUCAUCCUGCAUCUCUUCCAGGCAUGAAGCAGCCAUCGAAUAUGAAGUCAAUAUCCCCCAGCAGGAGUGACACACAAGUGCAAAACCUGAAACGAUGUGCUGCUGCAAGACAUGGUCAGGCAAAGACUGAUAACAGCCCAUAUUUUGCUAUGCGGCAAAGUCAAGCUCAUUCGGUAUCUCCUCUGCAUGGGAAACAGUUGUCAAAUAUGAAGCGCAUAUCCCCCAAUAGGACUGUCACGCAAGUACAUGCCACAUCCGCCAAUAGUACUGUCACGCAAGUACAUGCCACAAAACGAUCAACUGCUGCAAGUCAUGAUCAGGCAAAAAAUGAUGAUAUAAACAUGGAUUGUGAAACAGGAUCUGGUGGUUCCAUGCUUAUAAUUCAUAAAUGCAGAACAAGUGAACCAGUUAAAGUAAAAAAUGACUCUCUGAUUGAACACAAAGCUAGAGAAAAGAAGAUAGUGAAUGCAGACAAAGGAGAAACUAACUCUGAGACAGAGGAUGAGCCCUUAUGCGCUUCAAAUGAUGAUACUGGAUGUAGUCUGAACGAGAACAAAGGCGUGAUGCUCACUAUAGGUUCAAUUGUGGAAUAUUCAAGACGCCCAGCACCUGCAAUUUGUUGGAGGGGAUGCUUUCAUGUCUUUAAUGCUGGCGCAAAGCUAAAUCUUGGUGAAUUUAAAGCCCAGUUUCCUUCAAAAGUGUCAUCCAGAGUUUAUGAUACUAUCAAGAUGAUACCCAGUGAUCUACAACUGGAGUUAUUACCACGAAUGAAUGACUGGCCAAAGUCUUUUGAGACUAUCCCUCCUGUUCAUGAAGACAUUGGCGUGUUCUUCUUUUUUGAUAAACCUGUUGGGUGUGAAAAGAAGCACUCUAAUCUAUUAGAAGACUCCAACAAUUAUGUUCUAAGGGCAUAUAUUGAUGGCAUAAAGUUAUUGAUAUAUUCCUCGGAAGUUCUUCCGCCUGAUUCUCAGUGGAUAGAUGGUGAGAACUAUUUAUGGGGGCUUUUUGUGAGGUCGAAAGGAAAGAGUGAUCCUUGGCAAAUUGGUUCAACCACUACUUGAUAUGGUUUCCCUGGGCAUGCUAGUAUGCAAGAGCAUAAAGGUAAUCUAAUCCUGAGGACGGUCAAGUGGACGCUCCAGGUGGCAUCUUCAUAUACUGUGCAGUCAUUACAUUUUCUGUACCCAUCCGAAGCGUGGAAACCUGAGCUCCAUGAGUUGGGAGGAUUUAACCGUGCUGAUCUAUAACAAUACACAUGAUUUUUAGUUCAGAUGCUGAAACUAGCUCCUGUUAAAUAGUCUUAACAGACUCUUGCAACCUGCAACUUGCUCUUGAGAUGUAUCCACUGUUGGCCACAUUCUGGAUAUUUGGUCUUGAGAUGCUGAAUCUGAGAAUUUAGGAUACUGCUGUGUGUAAAAGCAGGCGUAUGCGUAUCUAUGCAAGUCCAAAUCGCAAGAUGGAUGUGUUGCUGUAUGGGUAGCUCCCACUGAUUAAAUUGCUGUAAGCUGUUGUGAAAUGUGGGUUUGUGUGGGUUUGCUGCUUGAAUACGAAAUGACAGGUAAGAUUGUUUGA